UCCUAUCAAAUGCAACAGCUCUAUCUUGCUUAGAGAUUGAAAGACUGUAAUUACUCAAGAAAAACAAGUCCCAAUUUAAUGCUCCUCUCCGCUAAUUCAAUCACAAAUCAGCAGCCAUGGAAUUCAACUCUAUUACUAUUACAAAAAUGCAAAACUUCAAACGAAAUAAAUCAAAUCCAUGCCAGACUAAUAAAAACCGGGUUCAUCAAUAACACAUAUUUAACCACCAAAAUCAUACUCUCCCUCUCUUCUUCACCAUACUUACCACUCAACGAAUUUUCCCGCUACAUUUUCUUCACCCAUCACGCUCACAGAAUUUCUGCAGAAAAAAACGAGGACCCUUUUCUCUGGAAUGCUGUAAUAAAAUCUUAUUCUCACGGAAAUGACCCAAAACAAGCGUUUAAAAUUUUCAUUUUAAUGCUUGAGAAUGGGAUUCGUGUGGAUAAAUUUUCGAUUUCUUUGGUUUUGAAAGCUUGUUCUCGGUUGGGUUUGGUUAAGGAAGGAUUACAGGUUCAUGGGUUGUUAAGGAAAUUAGAAUUUGGGUCUGAUUUGUUCUUGCAAAAUUGUUUGAUUGCGCUUUAUAUAAGAUGUAAAUGCAUAGGCAAUGCACGUCAGGUGUUUGAUAAAAUGCGGAGGAGAGACUCUGUUUCUUAUAAUUCGAUGAUUGAUGGUUAUGUCAAGCUGGGUAAAGUUGACAUCGCAGGUGAACUUUUUGAUCUUAUGCCGAUGGAGAUGAGGAAUUUGAUAUCUUGGAAUUGCUUGAUCAGCGGGUAUAUGUAUUUAGAUAACGGGUUCGAGCGUGCUUGGGAGGUGUUUGAGAAAAUGCCUGAGAGAGACUUGAUUACAUGGAACUCGAUGAUUGAUGUGUGUGCUAAAUGUGGAAGGAUAGAGGAAGCUCGGGCUUUGUUUGACAGGAUGCCGGAAAGGGAUAUAAUUAGCUGGGCGAAUAUGAUUGAUGCGUAUGCGAAACUAGGCCAUGUUGAUACUGCGCGGAGAUUUUUCUGUGACAUGCCGGUUAGAGAUGUUAUUGUGUGUAAUUCCUUGAUGAGUGGUUAUGUGCAAAAUGGUUAUUGCUUGGAAGCUUUGGAUCUCUUUCAUUAUAUGCAAAGUGUGAGACAUUUGUCUCCUAAUAAUGUCACAUUGUUGAUUGUCCUUUCGGCAAUUGCGCAAUUAGGGAACAUUGAGAAGGUGAUUUCCUUACAUUGCUAUCUGGAGGAUCGUGGAUUUUCCUUGGAGGGGAAACUUGGCGUUGCUCUGAUUGACGCGUAUUCCAAAUGUGGCAGCAUAGAGGAUUCCAUUUUACUCUUUGAGGGAAUAAAAGAAAAAACUGUAGAUCAUUGGAAUGCCAUGAUUAGUGGGUUGGCCACUCACGGAUUAGGUGAAUUAGCUUUACGUUGUCUUGUGGAGAUGGAGAGGAUGCGGGUUAAACCAGAUAAUAUAACAUUCAUUGGAUUGUUAAAUGCUUGUGACCAUGGUGGUUUGGUGAAGGAAGGCAUGAUAUGCUUUGAGCUUAUGAGAAGAGUUUACAAGGUGGAACCGAAACUGCAACAUUAUGGUUGCAUGGUUGGCAUCCUUAGCCGGGCAGGGCACAUAAUAGAAGCCAGAAAUUUUGUAGAUGAAAUGCCAAUUGAACCAAAUGAUGUGAUUUGGAGGACUUUGGUUACUGCUUGCAAAGGUCAUGAAAGCUUUAGCAUUGGAGAACCUUUAGCUCAGCGUCUACUGAAGUUAGAUGCCUCUAACUCGAGUUCGUAUGUGCUUUUGGCGAAAUUGUAUGCUGGUGUCCAUUUGUGGAACGAUGCGAAUAGGAUUAGGACAAUGAUGAAAGAGAGAAACUUGACGAAAAUCCCUGGUUGCAGUUGGAUCGAAUUGGAUGGUAUUACCCAUGCAUUCUCUGUGCAAGAUUAUUCGCAUCCUCAGGUAACAGAGAUCUACUCAUUAAUCGUUCCUGAGUAGUGUAUUCACCAAUUCGGCGAUUAGCUGUAGUCAAAUUAAUGUUCGAUUGGUUAUAGAUAAGGAGUGGAUAACUUGGACAGUCUGUACAGAAAGACAUCCUAUCCUUACCAAUAUCAUGGCCUGUAAUUCUGUAAUGUAUAUGACAUUUUCCUAUGUAUUUGUAUUCUAAUGGCUUACAAUUGAAAGCCAGCAAAGCUCAAGUCAUAAUGUGAGUUUUACUGAUCAUAUAAGAGAGAAUAUUCAUCCUUACACCUUAAUUCAGUUCAUUACAACUUUCUAGACAUAGAUUACACUACAUAACCAAUGUUUACAACAAUAUCAGUCCUAACGACGUGAUAAUACAGUAGUUAGUGAGGGAUUAAGUCAAAUUUUUGCCUGUCAUAUGAAAAUUGAGGCAGAAUUUCCAAGAUUCUGAAUGUAAGUCAGGGAGCAAUGGUAAAUCCACUUAGUUCUUGCAGUACAGUUGCCAUUGUUGGCCUUUGAUCAGGGGAUUCAUGAGUGCAGAGAAGAGCUAAUUUCCCAAGUUCAGCUGCCUCUGAUUCUAAAAACUUUCCCUCAAGCUUUGCAUCGAUAAAGUGUUCAACUUUGCAUGAUUCCACUGCCUGGCGAGUCGUCACUGAGAUUUUACUUUUUCCGCUAAGGAUUUGCAAGACAAUCAUACCAAAUGCAUAAACGUCACUCUUCUCAGUGAAACGGCCAGUUGUUGUGUACUCAGGAGCCAAAUAUCCCAUUGCAGCGCUUGCUUUGAGUGUGGAGAAGACAAUGUCAUCUGCAAGGAGUUUGUGCAAGCCAGAACCUGAGAGCAAUGGAUUAUAUCGUCUAUCGAUAAGCACCUUCUCAGCCGAUAUAUUCUGGUGAAAUAGAGCAGGUUUACUUCCUUUAUUCCCAUGUAAAUAUCCAAUACCUGGAAUCAGUUGUUAGAAUGUAACGAUGUCAGUUCAUAGACACAGUUUUUCGUCAAUACGAAUAAGUUAUUUCCUUGAUUUUAUAA